CUAAGGAGAUCACAGUUAUGUUUACUACGAAGAUGUCCUCCCUGCUAUCUGCUAGCUUGGAGCUACUGGUCCAAAAAAUGACCAAAAUCUAAACAUUCCGCUGUAUCUCAGCUCUAAUAACACUCUUCCCUGCUCGAGCUUCCUGAAGACUUACGAAAAUGCAACUAAAGCAUCUAAAGACACUAUUAACCCCCCAGGAGGGUGCUGCCAAAGUGACAUGCAUGGCCUGGGCCCCAAACAACACUAAGUUCGCUGUUUGCACCGUUGACAGGGUUGUGCUGCUCUAUGAUGAGCAGGGAGAGAGGAGAGACAAGUUCUCCACCAAACCCUUGGACGCCAAGUACGGAAAACAAAGCUAUGUUGUCAACGACAUGGUGUUUUCACCGGACUCCACCAAAAUCGCCAUCGGCCAGUCUGACAACAUCAUCUUUGUCUACAGAAUCGGAGAGGAUUGGGGGGACAAGAAAGCCAUUUGCAACAAGUUUGUUCAGACAAGCUCUGUGACCCGCCUGCUUUGGCCUGCAGAACACGCAAUUGUUUAUGGAUUAGUUGAUGGAAAGGUCCGUCUCGCCAACACUCAGACAAACAAGUCCUCAACCAUCUAUGGCACAGAGUCCUGUGUUGUGUCACUGGCAUCCAAUGUUUCUGGUAAAGGCAUCCUGUCCGGCCACGCUGACGGGACAGUUGUGCGUUACUUCUUUGAUGAUGAAGGCUCAGGGGAGUCUCAGGGUAAGCUGCUGAUGCACCCGUGCCCGCCCUACGCCGUGGCCUGGGGCGCGAACAGCAUUGUGGUGGGAGGCUGCGACAAGAAGGUGGUGGCGUACGGCAGGGAGGGUCACAUCCUGCAGACCUUCGACUACAGCCGCGACCGGACAGAGAGGGAGUUCACUGUGGCUGCCACCAGCCCCAGUGGUCAGUCUGUGGUGUUCGGCAGCUAUGACCGGUUGCGGGUGUUUAACUGGGCUCCAAGGAGAGGUGUGUGGGAUGAAGCCAAACCUAAAGAGAUCCUCAACCUCUACACCAUCACCAGCCUGGCCUGGAAGAAAGACGGAUCACGCCUCUGUGCUGGAACACUGUGUGGAGGAGUGGAGCUCUUUGAUUGCUGCCUGCGAAGAGCCAUCUAUAAGAACAAGUUUGAGAUGACCUAUGUCGGCCUGAGCCAGGUGAUAGUGAGGAACCUGUCUACAGGAACCCGGGUCGUCCUGAAGUCCUACUACGGUUACGAGAUAGAGGAAGUCAAGAUCAUGGGGAAAGAUCGUUUCCUGGUGGCUCACACGUCUGAUACUCUGCUGCUGGGAGACCUGCUGACAAAUAAACUGAGUGAGGUUCCUUGGCCUGGUUCAGGGGGAAAUGAAAAGUUCUUCUUUGAAAAUGAAUCAGUGUGCAUGAUUUUUAAUGCCGGGGAGCUGAGUCUGGUGGAGUACAGUAACAAUGAGAUCCUGGGCUCGGUCAGAACUGAAUUUAUGAACCCUCAUCUCAUCAGUGUGCGACUUAACGAGAGGAAGCAGAGAGGAGUUGAAGACAACAAGAAGCUAGCUUAUCUGAUUGACAUAAAGACCAUUGCUAUUGUGGACUUGGCCGAAGGCUACAAUCUGGGAACCAUCAGCCAUGACUCCAAGAUUGACUGGCUGGAGCUCAACGAAACCGGACGCAAACUGCUGUUCAGGGACAAGAAGCUGCGGCUCCAUCUGUACGACAUAGAGAGCGGCGUAAAGACCACAGUGCUGAGUUUCUGCUCCUACGUCCAGUGGGUGCCCGGCAGUGACGUAGUGGUCGCCCAGAACAGGGGAAACCUCUGCAUUUGGUACAGUAUCGACAGCCCAGAGAGCAUCACCAUGUUCCCAAUCAAGGGAGACAUCGUGGAUCUAGAAAGAGCUGACGGAAAGACAGACGUGAUCGUGACAGAGGGCGUCAACGCGGUGACGUACACGCUGGACGAAGGCCUCAUCGAGUUUGGUACCGCUGUCGAUGAUGGAGACUACGACAGAGCCACAGCAUUCCUGGAGACUCUGGAGAUGUCACCAGAGACUGAAGCCAUGUGGAAGACGCUCAGCAAGCUGGCUCUGGAGGCACGCCAGCUGCACAUUGCAGAAAGGUGUUUUGCUGCACUCGGUGACGUCUCGACAGUUCGUUUCCUCCACCAAACGAACCAGAUUGCCGACAAAGUGUCCGAUGAAAUGGGAGGAGAUGGGACAGCGUUUUACCAAGUCCAAGCCCGUGUGGCCAUGUUGGAUAAGAACUUUAAACUGGCUGAGAUGUACUACAUGGAGCAGAAUGCCAUUGAUGAAGCCAUAGAGAUGUACCAGGAGCUCCACAUGUGGGAUGACUGCGUUGCUGUAGCUGAAGCCAAGGGUCACCCGGAGCUGGACAGCCUGCGUGGGAAUUAUUACCAGUGGUUGACGGAGACGGGUCAGGACGAGAAGGCCGGCGAGGUGAAGGAGAACGAGGGAGACUUCCAGGGUGCCAUCAACCUCUACCUGAAGGCCGGGCUCCCGGCUAAAGCUGCCCGCCUGGCCAUCAGCCGGCCGGAGAUCACCAACAACAGCGACACUGUCAGUCGCAUCGCCUCCAGUCUCAUCAAGGGAGAGUUUUAUGAGAGGGCGGGAGAUCUGUAUGAGAAGAUCAGGAACAACCAGAGAGCGUUGGAGUGCUACUGCAAAGGAGGUGCCUUCAGGAAAGCGGUGGAGCUGGCUCGUCUCGCCUUCCCUGCCGAGGUGGUGAAACUGGAGGAGGCCUGGGGGGACUACCUCGUCCAGCAGAAACAGAUGGACGCCGCCAUCAACCACUUCAUUGAAGCCGGCUGCUCCCUGAAAGCCAUCGAGGCGGCCAUCGCAGCUCGUCAGUGGAAGAAAGCCGUCCACAUCCUGGAGUUACAGGAGGAUUCGUCGGCAGGGAAAUACUACGUGAAGAUAGCUCAGUACUACGCCUCCAUGCAGGACUAUGAGGUGGCAGAACAACUGUUCGUGAAAGGAGGUCACAUUAAAGACGCCAUAGACAUGUACACUACAGCAGGACGCUGGGAGGAGGCUCAUAAGUUGGCAGUGAAGUGUAUGACAGAGGAGGAAGUUAUGGCUCUGUACAUCAGCAGAGCUCAGGAGCUGGAGAGAGACGGGAAGUUCAAAGAGGCUGAGAGGCUGUUUGCCACAGUGAAGCAGCCUGACCUCGCCAUCACCAUGUACAAGAAGAACCGGAUGUUCGACGACGUGAUUCGCCUGGUGGCCAAACAUCACCCCGACCUUCUGACCGAGACCCACCUCCACCUGGCCAAGGAGUUGGAGGCUGAAUCCAGGUUCUCAGAGGCCGAGUAUCACUUCAUGGAGGCUGAAGAGUGGAAGGCUGCUGUCCACAUGUACAGAGUCAAUGAUAUGUGGGAGGAUGCAUACAGGGUGGCGAAGAGUCAUGGAGGUGCCGGUGCCCAGAAGCAGGUGGCCUACCUGUGGGCCAGGAGCCUGGGAGGAGAAGCGGCCGUCAAGCUGCUCAACAAGUUCGGCCUCCUGGAACACGCCAUCGAGUUCGCCUCAAGUAACUUCUCAUUUGACUUUGCCUUUGAUUUGGCCCGUCUGUCAUGUAAGGAGAGGAUUCCCGAGAUCCACCUCAAACACGCCAUGUACCUGGAAGAUGAGGGAAAGUUUUCUGAGGCUGAGGUUGAGUUCAUCAAAGCAGGAAAACCCAAAGAAGCUGUGUUCAUGUACGUCCACAACAAGGACUGGGCCAGCGCGCAGCGGGUGGCUGAGGGCCACGAUCCAGAGAGUGUGUCUGAGGUUCUGGCCGGCCAAGCCAAGUUCUGCUUUGAACAGAAAGACUUCCAGAAGGCUGAAGCCUUCCUGCUCCGAGCCCAGAGACCUGAACUGGCUGUUAAAUAUUACAAGGAUGCAGACAUGUGGAGUGACGCCAUGCGAAUCUGUAAGGAGUAUCUCCCCAACAAACUCUCCAUGCUCCAAGAGGAGUACGAGAGGGAGACCUCCAAGAAGGGAAUCCGGGGUGUGGAGGGUCUGCUGGAACAGGCCAGAGAGUGGGAGCAGUCGGGUGAAUACUCCCGGGCCGUGGAGUGUUACCUGAAGGUGAAGGACGACGCCAACACGGCCCUGAUGGAGAAGUGCUGGAUGAAGGCGGCAGAGUUGUCCAUCAAGUUCCUGAGUGGAGACCGAGCAGUGGAGGUGAUCCAGGUGGUCGGACCACGACUCACACACCUGAGGAAGUACAACGCUGCUGCUGAGCUCUACCUGAACAUGGACCUGAUCAAAGAGGCGAUCGACGUCUUUAUCGAGGGUGAGGAGUGGAACAAGGCGAAGAGGGUCGCCAAGGAGCUGGAGCCGAGGUAUGAGGACUACGUGGACCAGAAGUACAAAGAGCAUCUUAAGAAUCAAGGCAAAGUGGACUCUCUGGUGGGUGUGGACGUCAUGGCAGCUCUGGACAUGUACGCAGAAAGAGGCCAGUGGGAGAAAUGUCUGGACACAGCAUCCAAACAGAACUUUAAGAUCCUCCAUAAGUACGUCGCUCUGUACGCGACGCACCUCAUCAAGGAGGAGGACGCUCCGAAGGCUCUGCAGCUCUACGUGCAGCACGGAGCUCCACCCAACCCACAGAAUUUUAACAUCUACAAGCGUCUGUUCCUGGACCUGAUUAACCUCCCUGACACCGAUGGAUCAGAGUCGUAUCGCAUGUGGGCCGACCUCCGCAACUUCCUGCUGCAGCUGUGUGAGAACAUGUCCAAGUCGGCCGAGGCCAACUCUCCAGCUCACGAGGACUUUGAACAGAUGCUGCUAAUCGCUCACUACUACGCCACACGAUCCGCCGCUAAAGGAGUCGAGCAGCUGAUCAGCGUAGCUGCCAAGCUGUCGGUGUCUCUGCUGCGUCACACUGAGCUCGUUCCUGCAGACAAGGCUUUCUACGAGGCUGGUCUCGCCUGCAGGGCUGUCGGCUGGGAGAACAUGGCCUUUAUCUUCCUCAACCAUUUCCUGGAUCUGUGUGAUGCCAUUGACGAGGGGACUCUGGACGCUCUGGACCACUCCGACUUCCUCGACACAGACAUCCCGUUUGAAGUUCCAGUUCCCAACAAACUUUGCGUCACCGACGCCCAGAGGGAGCAGGUCCGUGACUGGGUGCUGAUGGUGUCCAUGGACCAUCGGUUGGAGCAGGUUCUGCCGCGGGACGAGAGGAAUUCGUAUGAAGCCUCGCUGGUGGCCACAAACACCGGCCUGCGCUCGCUGCCCUGCGUCCUCACCGGUUACCCCGUACUGAGGAAUAAGAUCGAGUUCUCGUCUGGCGGCAAAGCGGCGAACAAAGAGGACUGGAACAAAUUCCUCAUGGCCACAAAGACCACUCACAGUCCAGAGUGUCAGGACGUCCUGAAGUUCAUUAGCCAGUGGUGUGGCGGUCUCCCAGCAUCUGGAUUCUCCUUCCACUGAUACCGGCCCUGCUGCCUCCAUCUCUGCUGCAAGAUUUGAAAGGUCCAGUUUUUUCAUCUGUCCAGGUUCUGUCCAUCCUCCUUUUCCUCUUCAAACUACUUUUUCCCCCACAAUUUAUUUAUUUAUUCAACUUCUCAUUUGUAUUUUCUGUAAAUUCUAUCUCCUUUCAUGACGGUCUAACUGUUUCAAAGCCGCCUCUGCACUUAGAUAUGUAAUUCUGGAUGAAAAUACUCCUUUUAUUUUCUUUCAGUCUCUUUUUUGUUUCUUUACAGUCACAUUUUAGGCAAUUUUAAAAAAAAGAAAGAAAAGAAUCCGCCUUUAAAAGCCCAAUAUGAGGAUCUAAAUGCCCUUCAAAUCCAAAAAAAAUAUUAUCUUGGAUGAUGGAUUUAUCGCAGCAAAAACAUGAUAUAAAACACAGUAAAAGUUCAGGGUAGAAUAUUUCUGAAAUGGCGUUUGAUCCCAAGAAGCAAAGCUGCUCAAUAAAGCUCAAAUAUUCCACACAACAACACAAACAAAAGAUUAAAUAGAGACGAUGCGUUUGAGUGUCAGUUUACAGACUAACAGCCUCUGAAUGAAUCCUGUCUGAGCACCAUGAAUCUAAAAUCAAAUCUAAUUAUAUCAAUUUAUUUUAUUCUUCAGUGCUUUUUUUGGUUGAAGCCUAUUUAAAAGAUAAGGCUUCUGGUUUUUAAUUUUUUGUUACUGUCAACAAAUCCUGUGAAAAACCAACACUAACACCGCGUUCGUCCGCCUCUCAAAACUUCUCCUGCCCUGACUGUGGCUCACUGGUUCCUUCUGAAGAUGUAACGGUUUAAAAAUGGGUCACAAAGAUAUGUUUUUUAUUUUUAAAUAACAGUUAGAAAAUCCUCAAACAGCUGGCCACUUUAGUUUUUUGCAAACGUCACUAAAAAAGGAGUAAAUACAACAUUUGUUUGGGACUAUUUUCAGCAGCGGAUGAAUACACAUUUGGUGCUUCAGUGAAUAUUUUAGAAAACAGGAUGAUUUUUGUGCGACUGAAUCAAAAUAAACUUGUUAACCAGUUGUUUUUGAUACUUUCUGACAACAGUAGAGCUCUGACACACAGAUAAAUAAGAUAUAACAGACUUAAGAUCAUUUUAAUUUUAGUAUUUUUAUUGGAUUUGUUGACAGUAACAAACAGUAGCCGUUCACACAUUCCUCCUUUCCUCUCAUCUGUGUCUCAUCAGAAGGAUUUUCUCUCAGGACGGCAUCGCUGAAUAAAAAAGCCAAAGGUUUCUGUCAGAUUGUAGAAAUAUUAUAAUACUUAUAUAAGUUUGACUGGUACCGACAGUUAGAAGGAUUAUUUACAGUGCACAGCUUUUCUCUCUGUGUCUGUGUGUGUGUUUCAGAAACCGAUGCCUUCGCUGUGUGUUUGAUAUGGAAUGUAUUUUGUUUAAUAAAGUUCAAAUAAAAGAUCAUUUUCAAGCUUUUUACAA